AUGACUCCCUUCUACCCAACCCACCACUGGCAGGGCGGGGGAUCUGGGGAGGAGCAACUCUGCGCUGACUUUCCAGAGCUAGACCUCUCCCAGCUGGACGCCAGCGAUUUUGACUCGGCCACCUGCUUUGAGGAGCUGCAGUGGCGCCCGGAGAACUCCGAGACCGAACCCAGCCAGUACAGCCCCGACGAUCCGGAGCUCUUCCAGAUAAUCGACAGUGAGAAUGAGGCCCUCCUGGCAGCACUCACCAAAACCCUGGAUGACAUCCCUGAAGAUGUUGUGCAUCUGGCCGCCUUCCCAGCCCUGGAUGAUGGAGACGCACCUUCCUGCGCUUCUGCUUCUCCUGUCCCCUCAUCUGCGCCCCCCAGCCCCUCCCUGGAGAGGGCCCCAGCCUUGGCCCCUGAAGUGGAUGAGCUCUCGCUGCUGCAGAAACUCCUUCUCGCCACGUCCUACCCAACCUCGACCUCUGACAGCCAGAAGGAAGGGACCGCCUGGCGCCAGGCAGGUCUCAGGUCCAGAAGUCAGCGGCCUUGGGUCAAGAUGGACAGCAUCCAAGACAGGAAGGCCCACAUGAUGCAGUCUCAGACCCGGAGUUGCACAGAGCUGCAUAAGCACCUCACCUCGGUGCCGUCCUGCCCCCGGGCUAAAGCCCGCUCCCCUGAUAGGGUCCUCCAGCCACCACCACCCCUGAGUCCCUGGGUCCCUGCCAAGGAGGAUGAGGAGGCGGGUGAGGACUGCCCGAGUCCCCAGCCGGCUCCAGCCUCUCCCUGGGACUCCCCAGCACCGGGCAGGGCAGACCCCGGCGCCCAGGUUUCCCAGGAGGACACGCAGGCCAUGGUGCAGCUCAUUCGCUACAUGCACACCUACUGCCUUCCCCAGAGGAAGCUGCCCGCACAGGCCCCAGAGCCAGCCCCCCAGCCCUGCAGCAGCCCCGCCAAGCAGGUCAGACCCCGGCCUCGGUGCCAGCACCCUUCCAAAGCCACCUGGGCUGAGUUCUCCAUCCUGAGGGAACUUCUGGCUCAAGAUAUCCUCUGUGAUGUCAGCAAACCCUACCGCCUGGCCACGCCUGUCUACGCCUCCCUCACACCCCGGGCCCGGCCCAGGCCCAAAGACAGCCAGGCCUCUGCGGGCCACCCCUCCCCCGUGGAGGAGGUGCGGGUCGCGGCUUCACCCCAGAGCUCGGGGCCCAGACCCAGCCUGCGCCCGCUGCGGCUGGAGGUGAAAGGGCACAUCGGCCGGUUGGCCAGGCUACAGCCUGAGGAGGAAGAUGAGGAAGAGGAGGAGGAAGAAGAAGAAAAAGAGGAAGAGGAGGAGGAGGAGUGGGGCCGGAAAAGGCCGGGCCGGGGCCUGCCGGGGACCAAGCUGGGGAGGAAGCAGGAGAGCUCCGUGUGCCCCGUGCGGCGUUCCAGGAGACUGAACCCGGAGCUGGGCCCCUGGCUGACGUUCACCGAUGAGCCGAUGGUCCCCGCGGAGCCCCAAGGGGCUCUGCCCUCGCUGCGCCUGGCCCCUGAGGCCUACGACGUGGAGGAGGAGCUGGGCAGCCCCGCGGACGAGGACAGUGGCCAAGACCAGCAGCUCCGACGGGGACCCCAGAUCCCAGCUCUGGAGAGCCCCUGUGAGAGCGGGUGUGGGGACACCGACGAGGACCCCAGUUGUCUGCAGCUCUCUUCUGGAGACUCUCCCAGGUGCCUCAUGCUGGCCUUGUCGCAAAGCCCCACUGGCGACCCUCCUUUUGGCAAGAAGAGCUUCGAGCAGACCUUGACGGUGGAGCUCUGUGGCACGGCAGGACUCACUCCACCCACCACACCUCCGUACAAGCCCACAGAGGAAGACCCCUUCAAGCCAGACAUCAAGCACAGCCCAGGCGAAGACAUAGCUCCCACCCCGGAGGUUCCCCAGCUCGGGGCCACCGCAGAGGCUGCCCACAAGCUGCCAAAGAAGCACCCAGAGCGGAGCGAGCUCCUGUCCCACCUGCGGCAUGCCACAGCCCAGCCAGCCUCCCAGGCUGGUCAGAAGCGCCCCUUCUCCUGUUCCUUUGGAGACCACGACUACUGCCAGGUGCUCAAGCCCGACGGCGCCCUGCAGAGGAAGGUGCUGAGGUCCUGGGAGCCAUCUGGGGUCCACCUCGAGGACUGGCCCCAGCAAGGUGCCCCGCGGGCUGAGGCACAGGCCUCUGGCAGGGAGGAAGGCGGGAGCUGUGAUGUCGGUGCCCCCACCAAGGACAGUACGCUGCUGAGAGACCACGAGAUCCGCGCCAGCCUCACCAAGCACUUUGGCCUCCUGGAGACAGCCUUGGAGGAUGAAGACCUGGCCUCCUGCAAGAGCCCCGAGUACGACACCGUCUUUGAGGACAGCAGCAGCAGCGGCGAGAGCAACUUCCUCCUAGAGGAGGACGACGAGGAGGACGACGAGGAAGAGGACUCAGGGGUCAGUCCCCCUCGCUCUGACCACUGCCCCUACCAGAGCCCACCAAGCAAGGCCAGUCGGCAGCUCUGCUCCCGCAGCCGCUCCAGCUCUGGCUCCUCGUCCUGCCGCUCCCGGUCACCAGCCACACGAAGGAGCUUCAGAUGUGAGAGCAGAGGGUCGUGUUCAGACAGAACGCCAAGUGUCCGGCACACCAGGAAGCGGCGGGAAAAGGCCAUUGGUGAAGGCCGCGUGGUGUACGUUCGAAACCUCUCCAGUGACAUGAGCUCCCGUGAACUGAAGAGGCGCUUCGAGGUGUUUGGCGAGAUUGUGGAGUGCCAGGUGCUCACGAGAAGCAAGAGAGGCGAGAAGUACGGCUUCAUCACCUACCGGUGUUCCGAGCACGCCGCCCUCUCUCUGAGGAACGGCGCUGCCCUGCGGAAACGCAGCGAGCCCUCCUUCCAGCUGAGCUACGGGGGGCUCCGGCACUUCUGCUGGCCCCGCUACACUGACUACGAUUCUAAUUCAGAAGAGGCCCUGCCUGCGUCAGUGAAAACCAAGUACGAAGCCAUGGAUUUUGACAGCUUACUGAAGGAGGCCCAGCAGAGCCUGCACUGAUAACAGCCUUAACCUUCGAGGAAUACCUCAAUACCUCAGACAAGGCCCUUCCAAUAUGUUUACGUUUUCAAAGAAAUUAAGUAUAUGAGAAGGAGAGAGAGCGAGUGCGUGAGAGAGAGAGAGAGAGAGAGAGAGAGAGACUUGGAACUGCUGUCCUUUUAAAACAAACAAAAAAAUCAAUGUUUACAUUGAACAAAGCUGCUUCUGUCUGUGAGUUUCCAUGGUGUUGACGUUCCACUGCCACAUUAGUGUCCUCGCUUCAGACGGCUUGUCCUGGGUGCACUCCAGACGCUGAGUCCGUCACCCACCUCCCCUUCCUCCCCGACCGACGUCCCCUCGUAGACGUGCAGCUGUGUUCACCAUACCAUUUCUUGUCUGUAGUGUGUGAUGACGAAAUCGUUACUUGUGAAUAGAAUCAGGAUUAUAAACUCAUUUUUAAUUGAAGAAAAAAAAGUAUAUCCUUAAUGUAUUUAUGGCUCAGAUGUACUGUGCCUGGGAUUAUUGUAUUGCUUCCUUGAUUUUUUAACUAUGCACUGUCGUGAGGUGUUUGCCACUGAGCUGCACUGCUCCCUUUGCCAGA